AGUAUUCAUCGCUGCGAAGCCGCAGAAAAAGUAUCGUUGGGUGUUUUGAAUUUGCGCCGCAGGAGGUGAGGCUCGAUUCCCGCUCCAACCGCCUCUAAUCGUUUGUCAGUUCGGUCUGCUUGUGUUCCUUUGUGUGUUUUCAAUUCGUUUCUUAACGCACUCUUUACUGCUCCCUUCUCUUCUGCGCGUUGGUGCUUUCUCGUUGGGCGAAGAGCCGCAUCUGGUCUGCUUAUACGUGGUACGGCUAUGUGUUUCUGCUGGCUGAUAGGACUGGGACUUCUUCUUUUUUUCUUUGAAAAUGAGCAGCUACUACCUAUUCGCUCUCGUUAUCAUCGUUGUGGUCCUGGUAUGCAUUUCAUGCUGCAUAGGUCUGCAUGUGCGUCGACGACGGAUGAUGGAGGCCGUUGAUGCAGAGCCGCCACACGUACAGUCUGUCGGUCAAGGAAACAGUGCCCACUACAACAACAACAACAACGGCCCUGCAUUCAUGCAAGGCCCAGGGCAGGGCGGGAAUAACGGCAACGUGUAUUAUCAACAGCAGCAACCUCCACAGGUGGGCGCGACCAGCUGGUCAGACCCUGGCAUGUACUACCCCACCAGCAACCCUCAGAACAACACCGGUAAUCAGCCUGGCGCACAGCCCCUCCAGGCAACGGUGCUCUACGCCGCUCCGCCUGGUUCACAGGCUCCGAACAUCGACUUCGGUCAUUACUUUCCAGAGGUGCGCGUGGUGAAUGGGCCGGGGGGCAGCGGAAACGGUGUAAACAACAGCAACGGAGGCGGCGCGUGUGAGGUUACGUCACCGUCAGAUUUAUCACCGUACGGGGAAGCCGAUUACGUUUCUCGCCCACCUCAGCCGCAGCUUUCACAGACACAACGACCAACCUCAGGUGUGUCCCCGCUGUCUGUGCCGCCUGCUCCUCUCGGUGAGGCUUCGCUUCCGCCGCCGCAGUACCCGGCACUGUCGGGGCAGCCUCGCGGGGGCGAUAACUUAGGUAAAGGGCCUGUCUAA